GAAAAUAUUUCCGAAUGUUAAUUUUUAGAUUUAACUCCUUCCUUGUUUUCAAAGAUCAAUGAUAAAUGAGACAGCUGUAGUCGUAGUAUAUUCGUUCAUGCCCUGCUAAAUGUAUAAAGCCUAAUACCCGCAUAAAGUUUAUUGUGAAUCUAGAACACCUACAACGGAAAGACGACGCAUUGUAUUUAUUAUUUUUCAAACAACAGAACAUCACUUUCCCUACUUCCCAACAGACUCUAUAUCUUUCUCUCUUGCUGCCUAACCGCAAUCUCAUAUCAGUCUCAGUCGGCCGACUAUCCAAAAGCAUUGAGAUACACCCAAGUCCCAUAUUUUUCCCGCCAACUACUAGCCGCGGAUGGAUUAAAAAUAUUCCGAAUUGAAUUAUGGAGCUGGGAACGAAGCGAGGAGUAUCCUCGCGGAAGCGCCGCUGUUACUAUUCCGAACUCGUCACUGGUAAAGUCGUGACUCCCGCAGUAGCAGCGACGCUGGCGCGCGACAGCCAGCUAGGAAUAACAAGGAGCUGCGGAUCGCCGACCGCGCGUAACCUCGUCAAAGCUACUCCUGCCAGCGGUCACGUAAUUCCUAAUGAGAGGUGGAUCAGUUUCCCGCAAGACCCUUCAACCUUUUUUCCAGGUCAGGCUUUUUCCCCUAAAGUACAAAUGGGACUUGAGAUGGGCUCGAAGCGUCUGGUGCGGAAUGUAGAGGUGCAAAGGCGUCGUCGUCUCUACAGAGAUCUAAACUUGGAAAAUAUUUUGUACGAACGAGGGAUUCGAGCCAACGACAUUUUAGACUCGAGCUUCUUGCCACUCGAAACCUUCGACAACGAGGAGUACGACUGCAGGACACCAGACGAGUGGCUGGACCUCGGCCUCGUCGGCGGUCGUCGUUACCCGGUUCCAGCAGAGGCUCUGCUCGAGUCGAGUGCGGAAGAGUCCACUCCGAGCUGGCGUCCAGUCGCAGUGAUUAAUUACGUGCCGAGCAGUCGGCUCUGGCAGAUCUUAACUUUGGACAGCUCGUCGCGAACUUUUCAUCGUUCAAGGCUCUACUUCCGCUUCUUCGCUGAGGAUCCGCGGAUCUUCGCCCAAAGGAUAGAGGCUGCGAUGCUUGCGCGGAGGCGCGCCGAGGUCGGAUUGAGGUACCAACUCUAUCUAGAUUGCAUGCCUAUCGACGGUGUAUUCAGCGACGUCGUGAACGAGCCCCUCGUGAGCGAGACAAAUCACAUCGCCAGCGUAAGGCUCGAAGUCGAGCGACACUAUCAGCGAGUGAUGUGGGAUCUGGAGUGUCGGCUACAGCUCCGCGACCAUCCAGCUGUAUCCGAUUUCCUGCUUAGCCUCGAACCAAUCGCCCCACAUUCCUACCAUCAACCGUCUGCGUCUCUGAUCCCGAGCUCGAGGAGCGUCAAGGAAAUCGGCGAGUUCGUCCAGUGGAACAGCCUCUACGUGCACACUGAGGUUUACGAGGCGAUGCUCUCGAUCUUCGAUAGCUGUCGUCAGGUCUCGGAAAUGAGUCUGUUCUCGCUGAAGAGUUCGAGAGCUCUGACGCUCGACGAAUUCUUUGCGCAGCAACUGCAAACGAGCCACUCCAUCGUAACUCGCCUCAGGGAGCAGUGGAUCGGUGACGUUACCCGGACCGUCCGAAUGUGCCUAAGGGACAUCGGCAAGGGCUGGUUCGAUUUAAGGCAACGUCGCAGCGACGUUUACGACGUCAUGAAGCUCAAGAGGUUUAUGGCGCUCGUCAAACACCACAUGCAGAGUGCGCUGAGGACGAUGAUUGAAAGCUCAUCCAUGGAAUACUCGAUGGCGCUCGUCAUUCCGAAUUCCUCUUUGCUGGACGUCGCCGAGGACUUCACUUGGGGCAUGGAUUUGAAAAGUUCGCCCUUCGAAAGCACGGCUGCCGCGCUUUUUGAAAUGAACCUUUGCAUGAACGACGAGGGAGCUUUCUACGAAACCAAUCCGGAACUAUUCGAGGUGAAAAUAGACCAUCUCCUAACGAGCGCGCUGCAGCAGUGCCAGCAAAUACCCGAGAUCGAACCGAUGCUUCUGAAUAAUCUCACCUUCGUAAAGCAUCAGUGCAUAAACGGCGUGAGCUUCGGGGAAGACUCGAUUCGACGAAAACGAGAACGGCUUUGGGAGACUUAUCGGAAAGCCGUAAUACCUCUUUUGUCAUACGCCAAAGCGUACGACAGAUACAUCGAUCUUUUUAAAUUCGACGUCGACGAUUACAUAAACAACUUCAAAGGCGAGGAGUACACAAUAAGCGAGCUGAGGGACGCGAUUCAUUCGCGCUUCUCGAACAAGUGGACUUUGGAGCAGGAAUUGCCCGAUCACAUCGUCAUCGGUGCUUUUUACGUAAACGUAGACAAAGUCAGGAAGCACUUGAUCGACAAACAGCAGAACAUAGUCGAUUGCUUGCUCCGCAUGCACGCGGACUGCUUGAGAAGGCAAACAGAGGACGCCCUCGAGGAAUUCCGAAGCAUUUAUCAAAAGCUCAAAACCGAUCCGCUAAAUAUCGAGCAGCUGACCGAGAUGCGUGAGUGGAUGGAGGGUCUUCCGGUAAUCGUCGAUAAUCAGCGGAAGGCACUGCAAAAAGUCAAAGUCGACUACGACGCUCUCGAUGCCUUUCACUACAACUUGAACGACGAGGAAUUCGAAGCUAAGUGGCAAGCCAUGCUAUUUCCCGCAAAAAUUCAUAGCCAAAUCGCGGAGUCACAAGAGUUGCUCGAAUACCUGGGGAAGGAAAAAUUCUACCAACUGCAGCUGCAGGACGAAAACUCGAUCAGCGAGCGGAUCGAUACGCUGCUCGGCAGCGUGUCGAACAUAUGUACUUACAGCGAUGUCAAGAAAAUUCAGGACAUAUCGCUGGAAAUCAAGCGAACUUGGAAGAUACUAACUGAGACGCAGGAGCACGGAAUACUCUUGAAUUCUCGGCAAAAAUUGUUUGGAGCACCCGUUGUGCCGUUUGAAAGACUCACCAAACUUGUCAAACAGUUCGAGCCGUACAAAAGUUUCUGGUUGACUGUAGCUGACUGGCUGAACUGGAAAAAAAUCUGGAUGGAGAAUCCUCUCGUGAGCGUCGACGGCGCCCCCAUCGAGGGCAUGCUUAACGAUAUGCUCAAAACGAUGUCGCGUUCCGCGAAGACUUUUCAAGAUCAACCGGAUCUAAGUGGCCUGGCGAACGAGAUGAAGAGCGAAAUGGAGCUGUUUAAGCCGUGCGUCGGAAUUAUACAGGCCCUCAGAAAUCCAGGCAUGAAAAGUCGUCACAUGCAGGAGCUCAGCGACGAGACAGGAAUCAAGCUCACGACGAGUCAAGAAUUGUCGUUCCAACAGCUCGUACAACUCGGCGUUAUGAAUUUCCAGGAGAAAAUAAAAGAGAAGGCCGAGAGCGCAGCCAAGGAGCACGCAAUCGAGGAAGCCUUGCAUAAAAUGACGACCGAGUGGGAGUCGCUAAGGAUGGAAGUUAUACCGUACAAGGAUACAGGUACCUACAUCAUGAAGAUAUCGGACGAAGUACAGCUGCUUCUCGACGACCACGCCAUAAACACCCAGCAGAUUGGCUUCAGUCCCUUCAAAGCCGCCUUUGAGGAGGAAAUAGACGAUUGGGCCGGUAAACUGAAACUCGCUCAGGAAGUCAUACUCUUGUGGAUCGACGUGCAAAGAAUCUGGAUGUAUCUGGAACCGAUAUUCUCCUCGGAGGACAUAAAUCGUCAGCUGCCGGUGGAAUCGAAGAAGUACAGCACGAUGGAGCGCAACUGGCGACGCAUAAUGAAGCAAGCUUUCGACAAUCCGAUUAUAAUGAAACAGUGCGCGGAUCGAAGUCUGCUCGAGAGUCUCCGCGAGUGCUUGAGUCUGCUGGAGGUGGUGCAGAAAGGCUUAUCGGAUUACCUGGAGAGUCGGCGCAUGCUGUUCCCGCGCUUCUUCUUUCUGAGCGACGACGAGCUGCUGGAGAUACUGGCGCAGACGAGAAACGUUCGAGCGGUCCAACCGCACUUGAAGAAGUGCUUCGAGAACAUGAAGGAGCUGCGCUUCGAGCAGGACCUCAGCAUCACGCGCAUGUACUCGGCCGAGGGCGAGGAGGUCGUACUGGACAAACCGGUGCGACCGGAAGGCAGCGUGGAGAAUUGGCUCGGCGCGGUGGAGGAGACCAUGAGGAGUACCAUCAGGCAGAAGAUCAGCCAAGCGCUGGAGAGGAUCGAAGGGAUGCCGAGAAAGGAUUGGGUGAUCGCUUGGCCGGGUCAAGUGUCGCUCUGCGGUGGCCAGACUUCCUGGACCAGUCACGUCGAAAGGGCCAUCGCCGAGGGUCGACUCGAUGACUACUUCAAAGUCAUGAUCUCGCAGCUCGACGAUCUGCGAAGUUUGGUCCGCAACCCGCAAACGGAAAUCCAGAGAUUGAUGCUCGAGGCUAUAAUAACGAUCGAGGUCCAUGCACGGGAUGUGCUUCUGAAAUUGAUCAAAGCCGGUGUCUCUAGCGCGAACGAUUUUGAUUGGAUUUCGCAGCUGAGGUACUACUGGAUGGAUUCCGAGUUGAAAGUCCGCGCGGUCAACGCUGAGUUUGAAUACGGAUACGAGUAUCUGGGCAACAACGGCCGAUUAGUCAUAACUCCGCUGACCGAUCGAUGUUACUUAACGCUGACGGGAGCUUUGCAUCUGAAGUUCGGCGGAGCUCCUGCCGGGCCCGCGGGCACCGGCAAAACCGAAACCACUAAGGAUCUGGCCAAAGCUUUCGCCAUCCAGUGCGUCGUAUUCAACUGCUCCGACCAGCUUGACUUCAUGUCCAUGGGCAAAUUUUUCAAAGGCCUCGCCAGUUCCGGGGCUUGGGCAUGUUUCGACGAGUUCAACCGAAUUGACAUCGAGGUACUCUCCGUCAUCGCGCAACAAAUUAUGACCAUACAGAAGGCUCAGCAAUUGAAUGCCGACAGGUUCCUCUUCGAGGGAGUGGAGCUUGGUUUGAAAGCUUCGUGCGCUGUUUUUAUAACAAUGAAUCCAGGCUAUGCAGGUCGCACCGAGCUUCCAGAUAAUCUUAAAGCUCUUUUCCGGCCCGUUGCCAUGAUGGUACCGAACUAUACUCUUAUAGCCGAGAUCUCAUUAUUUUCCUGCGGCUUCAUCGAGGCCAAAACUCUCGCGGCAAAAAUUACAGCCACUUUUAAGCUCAGCUCGGAGCAGCUAAGCGCGCAGGACCAUUACGACUUUGGCAUGAGAUCGGUGAAGACCGUGAUCGCAGUCGCGGGGAUUCUAAAACGCGAACAAACGGACAUGGGAGAAGAGCAAAUCUGCCUGAGAGCUUUGCGCGACGUCAACGUGCCCAAAUUUUUAAAGGACGACUUGAAACUUUUCGAUGGAAUAGUUUCAGAUCUAUUUCCCAAAGUCGAGGAGAAGAGCAUCGAUUACGACAUGUUCAUCGCGGCUGUUCGCAAAACAAUCGCCGAUAUGGGAUUAGCGGAUGUGAAAGAGUUCGUGAAAAAAGUAAUUCAGCUUUACGAGACGACGCUGGUGCGUCAUGGAUUGAUGCUCGUUGGUCCGACGGGUUCCGGAAAAACUAAGUGCUACGAGGUCCUUCAGAAGACUUGCACGCGCCUUCGAGGAAGAGCACAACCAAGCGGCAAGCCCUUCGUUCCGGUGCACUGCUACGUGCUCAAUCCCAAGUCCGUCAGUAUGGGACAGCUAUACGGCGAGUUCGACCCCAACACGCAUGAAUGGACGGAUGGCAUAUUGCCGAUGCUGAUUCGCGCGGGCACAGCAGCGACGGACGAUGACAAACGUUGGUACGUGUUCGAUGGGCCGGUCGAUGCUGUCUGGAUCGAGAACAUGAACACCGUACUCGACGACAACAAAAAGCUCUGCCUGUCGUCCGGCGAGAUCAUGAGACUGUCACCCACGCAGACUAUGAUUUUCGAGGUGGCCGAUUUGAAGGUUGCAUCGCCGGCCACCGUUUCCAGAUGCGGCAUGGUCUACCUCGAGCCCGAAGGAUUAGGAAUAAAGCCGCUUAUCGAUUGCUGGGUCCAGAAAUUGCCCGAACGCAUGACCGAUAGCGCGGCCGACAUAUCCCGGCUGGCCUACCUCCUCCUACCGUCGAGCUUGCAGUACUUGCGAAGCGAUUUGCGCGAGAUAGUUACGAGCGUCGACUCGGGCCUGAUCAGAUCCUACUUUAACCUGAUGGAUUCUCAAAUUGCCUCGUCCAAGAGCUCGGACGACAAAUCACUAGUGGCACAUCUGAUCGAGCCCUGGUCGGCGUUCGCGCUCGUCUGGAGCAUCGGUGCCACCUGCGAUUACGAUGGCCGCUACCUCUUCAGCGAUUGGCUUCGGAGAUUGCAAAGGAACGCCGGCUGUCGAUUAAUCUUCCCCGAGGACGGCUUGGUCUACGAUUACAGACUGCACGAGAGCGAAGAGGAGAGCGAAAUUCGCUGGGUCAAGUGGCUGGAGGAUGUUCCGGCGUUCAUUGUCAGAGCAGAGGAUAAAUUUUCAGACAUGGAGGUUCCGACGGUCGACAUGGUGCGCACUUCAGCGCUGAUCGAUCGACUUCUAAUUAGAGACUGUAAUGUGCUGUGCGUCGGGCCGACCGGUAGCGGAAAAACCCUGACCGUCUCGGCCAAGCUGUCACGGGAUAUGCCCAAGAGAUACGUCUGUGACUUUGUCAUAUUUUCCGCUAGGACGUCUGCUAAUCAGACUCAGGACCUGAUAGACGGCAAGCUCGAUAAGAGGAGAAAAGGUGUGUAUGGACCACCGGUGACAAAGAGACAGAUCUUCUUCAUCGAUGACCUGAACAUGCCGGCGCUGGAGACCUACGGCGCCCAGCCACCCAUCGAACUUCUCCGUCAAUUCAUGGACUUUAAAGGAUGGUACGACAGGAAGGAUAUAGGCUCGUUCCGUUUGAUCGAGGACGUAAGCAUAAUUGGGGCAAUGGGACCACCUGGCGGCGGUCGAAAUCCCGUGACAUCUCGGCUCCUGCGUCACUUUCAUUUCGUCGCAUUUCCCGAAAUGGAGGACGAGACAAAGAAAAACAUCUUCGGCAGUAUACUGUCAUCUUGGCUGUCAAGGACGAGCCAGGCGGAGCUGCUCGGGCCUAUGGUCGACGCCACGGUGAGGGUCUUCGCGACGAUAUGCAAAGAGCUCCUGCCGACUCCCGACAAAUCGCAUUACACCUUCAACGUCAGGGAUUUGGGCAAAGUCGUUCAGGGUAUUCUCAUGGCCGAGCCAGCGCGGAUCCGCAAAACGGAGGAGCUGCUGCUGCUGUGGUACCACGAAAACUGCCGGGUCUUCAGCGACCGACUGACGAACGAGGCGGACCGAAACUGGUUCGAGCAUUUGCUGCUGACGAGCUUGCAGAGUAAUUUCAACUACGACGUCGGUCACGCGCGCGAGCUCUUUGCGAAGGGGAAAACUUUAUUCUACUCGGAUUUUUGCAACUCCGAGGGUCGAUACGAGCGCGUUCCCAGCGCAGAGACGCUGGAGAAGUCUCUACUGGACUUUCUCGAGGACUACAACGGCUCGAGCACGACGCCUCUGAGCCUGGUACUCUUCGAGGACGCCAUGGCUCACGUCUGCAGAAUAACUCGGAUCCUGCGCCAGUCGCCCGGAAACGUUCUUCUGCUGGGAAUGGGUGGCUCGGGUCGGCAGAGCUUGACUAAGCUCUCGGCGCACAUCGCCGACUACGGCUGCUUUCAAAUCGAGCUGAGCCAAGCUUACUCGACGCGCGACUGGCGCGAGGACGUGAAGCAGCUGCUCCUUAAAACGGGACUGCAACACGCUCUGCGUGUCUUCCUCUUCUCCGACACGCAAAUCAAAAGCGAGCUCUUUCUCGAGGACAUAAACAACGUUCUGAGCAGUGGCGACGUGCCGAACAUCUAUCAGCCGGACGAGCUGGACAGUAUUUUCCAAGCGAUGCGCUCCCGCGUGCAGGAGGCCGGUCUGCAGAUUAACAGGAGCAACCUUUUGGCGGCGUACCAGAAAUCCGUUCGGAACAACUUGCACAUGGUCGUCAGCAUGUGUCCCGUAGGAGAGCAGUUCCGAGCCCGAAUCAGGCAGUUUCCAGCUCUGGUCAACCUCUGCACUAUCGAUUGGUUUGAUCCGUGGCCAGACAGCGCUCUACAGCGGGUAGCCAUGCACUUUCUCCAAAACGUCAAGGAUGAAGGCAUCACAGACGAGGUGCUCACGUCGAUCGUCGAUACUUGUCAGUUCAUGCAUUCGAGCGUCGUCGAAGCCAGCCAAUGCUACCUCCAAGAACUGAACCGGCAUAAUUACGUGACUCCGACGUGCUACUUAGAGCUGAUAUCCAGUUACGGUGAUUUGCUGGCGAAACAAAGGAACGAGCUCACUUUGGCAAUAUCCAGGCUGUCGACAGGUCUCGAGCGACUCGCUUCGACGGAGGUAGAAGUUAAGGAAAUGCAGACAGUCCUUGAGAAAAUGAAACCAGAGCUCGAGCGAGCGGCCGUCAUCGCGGCGGAGAUGAUCGAGCAAAUAGCCCGAGACACGGUCGAAGCGGAGAAAGCUCGGGCCGAGGCGGCGGAACAGGAGCACGAGGCAUCGAAACUCAAGAGGGAGAACCAAGCCAUCCGGGACGAAGCCGAAGCCGAUCUGAGCACGGCGAGACCGAUGUUGGAGGCGGCCGAGGCGAGCUUAAAAGCGCUCAACAAGAACGACGUGACCGAGGUGAAAGCCAUGAAACGUCCGCCCGUGGGUGUCGUGCUCGUCAUCGAGGCUAUCUGCAUCAUCAAAAAAGUCAAGCCUCACAGGGUAGCCGGGGAAAAGCCCGGCGAGAAGUUAAACGACUACUGGACCCCUGGGAGCCAGAUGCUAGCGGACGCCGGACACUUUUUGGCCUCGUUGGAGAACUACGACAAGCAAGAGCUCAACGACGAGAUGAUAGAGAAGCUCCGAGGCUACGUCGAGAGUCCGGACUUUCAGCCGCAAAAAGUGCUCCAAGCUUCAAAGGCAUGCCACUCGCUGUGCCUGUGGGUUCACGCGAUGUACAACUACUACUUCGUCAAUCUGCGCGUAGCUCCAAAAAUGGAAGCUCUCAGCAGGGCCGAAAAGGAGCUCGCGAUCACGGAGGCGACCCUCGUCUCGGCCAUGGCCAAGCUCAGAGAGGUGCAGGACGGCUUGGACAGGCUGCAGGAGAAGUUCCAAAGGGAGCAGGCGAGGCAGGCCGAGCUGGAGCUGCAGAAGCAGCUGUGCGAGGAGAGAAUGUCGAGAGCCGUUCGACUGAUCAGUGGACUCGCCGGCGAGCGUAGGAGGUGGCUCGACAGCGUUCAAGAGAUAAGGCUCGCCCUCACCAAUGUAGUCGGGGACAUUCUUUUGUCGGCCGGAGCCAUAGCCUACUUGACGCCGUUCAUCGACACCUACCGCAAAAGACUGCUCUCGUUGUGGUACGGUCAGCUCGACACUGGGGGCGUUCCCCACACAGCAGGCUGUACCCCGGUCACUGUCCUCGGGGAUCCCCUGGAAAUCCGCGGCUGGCAGAUGGCUGGUCUGCCGCGCGACUCGCUGUCGGUGGAGAACGCGGUGCUGGUCGGCAAGUCGAAGCGUUGGCCCUUGUUCAUCGAUCCGCAGGGCCAGGCCAAUCGCUGGAUACGCAAUAUGGGCCAAUUGAGCGGUCUGUCGACGGUGCGCAUGACGGACAAAGACCUGCUGCGGGUCGUCGAGAGCUGCGUUCGCUUCGGUCGCGCUUGCCUGAUCGAGAACGUCGCUCUGGAGCUCGAGGCCUCGCUCGACACGAUCCUGAUGCGAUCGCUCUUCCGACAGGCCGGACAGCUGUGCGUAAAGAUCGCCGAUAACAUCGUCCCCUACAACCCGGACUUUCGUCUCUACCUCACGAGCAAAUUGCCCAACCCCCACUACGCCCCGGAAAUCGCGGUCAAAGUGCUCCUAGUGAACUUCAGCCUCACCGCGAGCGCACUCCAGGACCAGAUGCUGACGCUGGUGGUGAUGCAAGAGCGGCCGGAGCUCGAGGAGACUCGCAGCGCCCUGAUCCUGUCGAGCGCGCAGAUGAGACGCGAGCUCAAGGACAUCGAGGCGCGGAUCCUGCAGAGACUCGCCCUGUCCGAGGGCUCGGCAGUCGACGACAUAGAUCUCGUACUCACUCUCGAGGCGUCGAAACUCAAGAGCGAGGAAAUCAAGGUAAAGGUACAUUCAGCUGAGGCAACCCAAGCGGACAUUGAUUCGGCUCGCUCGCUGUACAUCCCGGUCUCAGAACGUGCCCAGAUUCUGUUCUUUUGUUUGCUCGACUUGCAACAAGUAGACACGAUGUACCAGUACUCGCUCGAGUGGUUCGUCCGGAUUUUCAUCAGUAGCAUCAUCGGCUCCGACAAAAGCGAGAGCAUAGGUACACGCGUGAAAAAUAUCAACGAGCACUUUACCUAUGCCCUGUUUGUCGAGGUCUGUCGGAGUCUUUUCGAAAAACACAAGUUGCACUUCGCCUUUCUGCUAUGCAUUCGCAUUCAAAUGGAGGAGGGACUAGUUAAUCUGGACGAAUGGAGGUUUCUGCUGUCGGGUACGAUUCCGCCUGAGGAGAAGCCUAAUCCCGCCAAAGAUUGGCUGCCGCAGCGCUGCUGGAUAGAAAUUCAGUCUUUGCAAGCCCUUCCCAAGUUUCAGAACUUUGUAUCGUUUUUCAAGUCUCUUAUCUCGGAAUUUAAAAGGAUAUUCGACGACCCUGAACCCGAAAGCGCUUCGUAUCCGGAGCCAUGGCAGAGCCAGUUGGACGAUUUUUCAAAGUUGCUAGUGCUGAAGUGCCUGCGACCGGACAAAGUGACCAAUGCGAUGCAGCGUUACAUCGCUAAGAAUCUCGGCGAGCGCUUCGUCGAACCGCAGACCUCGGGACUGGAUGCGAUUUACGAGGAAUCGAGCCCCACAACUCCCCUCAUAUUCAUUCUGUCGAGUGGCACCGAUCCCGCUUCGGAGCUCCACAAGUUCGCGGAGAAGCUGAAAAUGGCUAGAAAACUUUAUUCCAUAUCGCUCGGACAGGGACAGGGGCCGAGGGCCGAGGUGAUGCUUCGACAGUCCGUCGAGGCCGGCUAUUGGCUCUUCUUUCAAAACUGCCAUUUGGCGCCAAGCUGGAUGCCUAAAUUGGAGCUUCUGGUGGAAAGCCUCCCCCCCGAAAUGACGCAUCGAGACUUCCGACUAUGGCUGACGUCAAUGCCCUCCGCAGCCUUCCCCGUUAGCAUUCUGCAAAACGGCAGCAAAAUGACGAUCGAACCCCCGCGGGGCAUCAAGGCGAACGUGUUGAGAGCUUACACGACGCAAGUGCCAGAAAUGCGGGAGUUUCUCGAGUCGGAGCACCCGAAGGUUGGACAAUUUAAGGCGCUGCUGUUCUCGCUGUGUUUGUUUCACGCUGUACUGCUCGAGAGAAGAAAGUUUGGUCCUUUGGGAUUCAACAUUCCCUACGAGUUCACUGAUGGAGAUUUUGCAAUAUGCAUGUCACAGCUGCACAUGUUCCUGAUGGAGUACGAGCAGACGCCUUUCAAAGUACUUAUCUACACUGCGGGCCACAUAAACUACGGUGGUCGACUCACCGACGACUGGGACCGCAGAUGCGUUCUGACUCUUUUACAAAAUUUCUACAACGAAGCCGCCCUUUCUACGGGGCAUCCGUUCGACGCUCAAGGCUAUUAUCGCCAGCCAUCAGCAGAAACGAGCCUCGCCGACUACAUCACGCUCGUAAAAGGUUUCCCCUUAAACGACGAGCCAGGCGUCUUCGGUCUUCACGCGAAUGCGGACAUAAGCUACGCCAGAGCCGAGACUUACUCCUGCUUAGCGACCCUAUUGGCUCUGCAGCCUCGAGAAAUCGGCGGUUCCAUCAAGGGCAAAGACGAGGUCACCGCUGCGCUAGCCGAAAGCAUUUUGAAGACGCUCCCGGAAACUUUCGAUCUCGCCGACGUUCAGAACAGGUACCCGGUGUCUUACGAGGAAUCUCUGAACACGGUGCUGCUCCAAGAAUCGAGGCGCUACAACGCGUUGCUCGCCGAGAUGUCGAGCAGUCUAAACGAUCUACUGCGCGGCCUUAAGGGCCUCGUCGUGAUGUCGGAAAAAUUAGAAUCCAUGGCCGAGUUGAUGUACAGCAACCGAGUACCCGAGAACUGGCAGAGCCUCGCCUUCGCCUCUCUCAAGCCUCUCGGUGCCUGGAUGGAGGAUCUGCGUCGGAGAGUAGGCUUCAUAAGGAGCUGGCAGGUCGAGGGGAUACCGGCAGCUUUCUGGAUUUCCGGAUUCUACUUUCCCCAGGCCUUUCUCACCGGCACACUGCAGAACUUUGCCAGACGUCAGGCUGUAUCCGUCGAUACCGUCGACUUUGCCUUUGAGGUGCUGCCGGAUAAGCCGAGGGAGAGGCCGAGAGAAGGCUGCGUCGUGUACGGAUUGUUCCUGGAGGGCUGCAGAUGGGAUGGCGUCGCCCUCGCGGAAUCAAUGCCUAAGGAACUCUUCACCGAAAUGCAUCCGAUAUUGCUGUUACCGGAAACGAAGCGUCAGAGUCCCGAAAGCGGCAUCUACGAGUGCCCGGUUUACAAGACUGUACAAAGGGCUGGAACUCUUAGCACCACCGGCCACUCAACCAAUUUCGUCUUGACUAUGGAAAUCCCUAGUCGAUUGCCGCAAGCUCACUGGAUUGCCAGAGGAGUGGCCCUUAUUUGCUCGCUCGACUACUAACCCUGUAUGAAGAGAAAGAGAGAGAGAGAGAGAGAGGGGGGGGGGGGUCUGACAGAAACGUAUAAUUCUAUAUAGGCCCUUAAUUGAAUCGUCUUGUUUGAUUCUGCUGUUGUACGUUCCGACUGUUCUUGGCGCAGAAAUACAAGAGUUUUCGUUUCAUACGUAAGCAA